AUGGGUCUCAUCGGCGGCGCGAUCAAGCUCAUCAUCCUCCCCAUCAUCUUCGUCAUCGCCAUUGCCGUCCUCGGCGGCAUCUUGCUCAAGCACCGAAGAAACAAGGCUGCCAACGACAUUGAGCAGUCCGCACAAUUCAUUGCUCCUCCUCCUCCUCCCGUGUCAGUCGCACCGCCGCCGCCCGUCUAUGCACCAAGCCCAACGCAAUACUACAACAACAUGGGGCCUGCCAAGCCCGCCGCCCCAGUGGCGACAGUGCAAGGAUACAACUAG